CGGUGACUGUGGCAGCGGAGUUAAAGUGAAAAUAGUUCAGCGAGGUUUAAUUAACGGGUUUAUGUUGGGUGCGGGCUACGAGGCCGCGCCUUCUUUGUGUCCCCUGGGCAGUUUGUUGGCAUCCCGUGGAUCGCCGUUGAAACGCCUUGCCCCGCUGCGGCUCUCAGCACGGAGCCGUCCGCUCUCCUGCUUCGCUCGGGGUACAGCCUGGCUAGCUCUAGGAUCACUGUGCCUCGCCAGACAACGACGCGAGUACAAUAAGAAGUUUGGGGAACGUCCUCAACCACAACGCCUGACCAGGGAAGCUAUGCGGAACUACUUGAGGGAACGAGGCGAUCAGACAGUCCUAAUCCUGCAUGCCAAAGUCGCACAGAAAUCCUAUGGAAAUGAGAAGAGGUUCUUCUGCCCGCCUCCCUGUGUGUACCUCAUGGGUAGUGGCUGGAAGCAGAAGAAGGAGCAGAUGGAGCGAGAUGGGAGCUCGGAGCAGGAGGCCCAGCCCUGUGCUUUUAUAGGCAUUGGGAAUAGCGAUCAGGAGAUGCAGCAGCUUAACCUGGAGGGAAAGAAUUAUUGCACAGCCAAAACUUUGUACAUAUCGGACUCGGACAAAAGAAAGCACUUCAUGUUGUCAGUCAAGAUGUUCUAUGGCAACAGCGCAGACAUUGGCGUGUUCCUCAGCAAAAGAAUCAAGGUCAUAUCCAAACCCUCCAAGAAGAAACAGUCUUUGAAGAAUGCAGACCUUUGCAUUGCGUCAGGGACCAAAGUAGCGCUCUUCAACCGCCUGCGUUCUCAGACUGUCAGUACCCGCUACCUUCAUGUGGAAGGGGGCAACUUCCAUGCCAGCUCUCAACAAUGGGGGGCUUUCUACAUCCACCUCUUGGAUGAUGAAGAGUCUGAGGGAGAGGAGUUCACAGUGAGGGACGGCUACAUCCAUUAUGGGCAGACUGUGAAGUUGGUGUGCUCUGUCACGGGCAUGGCACUCCCACGCCUGAUAAUUCGCAAAGUGGACAAGCAGACAGCAUUGCUUGAUGCCGAUGACCCCGUGUCACAGCUCCACAAGUGCGCCUUUUACCUGAAGGAUACAGAGAGGAUGUAUCUAUGCCUGUCCCAAGAGAGGAUCAUCCAGUUCCAAGCCACUCCCUGUCCAAAAGAGCCCAAUAAGGAGAUGAUCAAUGACGGGGCUUCGUGGACCAUCAUCAGCACAGAUAAAGCGGAGUACACUUUCUAUGAGGGCAUGGGGCCUGUGCACUCACCAGUCACACCAGUUCCAGUAGUGGAGAGCCUUCAGCUGAAUGGUGGGGGUGAUGUGGCCAUGCUGGAGCUGACAGGACAGAACUUCACUCCAAAUCUUCGAGUCUGGUUUGGUGAUGUUGAGGCUGAGACAAUGUACAGGUGUGCAGAGAGCAUGUUGUGUGUGGUGCCGGACAUCUCAGCAUUCCGCGAGGGUUGGAGAUGGGUGCGACAGCCGGUACAAGUACCGGUCACACUGGUCCGCAACGAUGGGAUAAUCUACUCCACCACGCUAACGUUCACCUACACACCAGAGCCGGGCCCGCGACCCCACUGCAAUGCCGCUGGGGCCAUCCUGCGUGCCAGCAGCUCCAGCCUGCUGGGAAGUAGCACGAAUAGCGAUGCUGGCUAUGCUGGAGGCAACAGCAACCCCACUAGCGUCACAUCCUCUUCAGCUGCUGCUGCAGUUGUGUCCUAACACACAAAACGCACGUAAAAUGACUUACAGGUGAACUCCUCAAAGUGCUGCAAAAGAAUAAAAAAAAAUUUAAGGUUCACGAAGGAAAGAAACGAGAGGGAAAAAGAGAGGAAAUAAAUCCAUAAUAAAAAAAGGCUAAAAGAACAUGCGCAGUUGGCCUUGGUGGUGGAUAGACAUAAUGGAAAUCCACUUUCCUAAGAACUCCAGUGUCCCCAAUCGUGCUCUAUAACUGGCCGCACCAAUGAUACGUCAGCCAUGUAUAAAACUUUAUUAAAAGAAAAGUCUAUUUUUUGCUUCUUUCCUCCUCCUUUGUGUUUCUGUAAAGGGCAAGAUGUAUUACUGUUGGGGUGGGACUCUAUUAGAGGAACACAUAUAAAAUGUGGUAAUAACAUAGUUUUUACGGACCAAGGAUAUUGUAUAAGCUUUAGUAAAGGUACAUUUUCUCCAUACCUUUUUGUAUUAAGCAUAUAGUACACUUUUGUUACCAAAUAGUUUCUAUUUUAACUCUGAGCUGAAGUCUGUUUCAGGUUGCAAUUCUGGCCUGGCUUGUGUAUUGUAGCUACGUUAUGUUUUUGUCAAAUGCCAGCAUUUUUGGUUUUGGGGUGGAAUUUUUUUAUUUUUAUUUUUUUUGUAAACUGCAUUCUGGUGAUUUUUUUAAAAGCAAAAACCGAAGGUGUAUUGUGUGUUUUUUUGGGGGGGAAGAAUCUCAGAGUUCAUUUUAUCAUUCUUUUAUAUGAAGUCUUUAAAAGAAAAGCUUUAAGCAUUGCCUCUGCCUUGUCUGCAAUACAGAACAUGCGCUAUGUUUCCUUUUAAUGAUAAUGAAGGAACAUAGCGGUUUAUAUUUCUUCCUUUUUAUUUGCUGCAACUUACAAGUUACAGAAACAAAGUGGUCACGUCUGUUACUGUGUUAGAAAAGUGGUAGCCAUAGAAAAGUGUACAUCUUUGUCAAACAUAAAUGCCAGAUUCAUUUCGCCUAGUCUGCGAUAGAUUUUGCCUUUGUGUGUUCCACAAUGCUGUCAUUGUAAAAGUAUCAAGUGUAUAAAAUCUUGAAUUUCUUGUACAGCUGUCAAUUAUAGGUAUAACCUAAACUGUUCUUAGUCUUCCAGGUGUCUAGAAUUGUCGCCAGAACCCUGUUGUUAGAGAUGCUGAAAAUGACUGACACUUAAAUUUGAUGUGGCCUUACUGCAGUUGUGAAGAUUUGUUACUACUGUUGACUACAGUCAAUUUGCUACUCUCCAGUUUGCCUUUUUAAUUUGCCAUGUUAUUCACACCGAGUUAAUGACUAUCUUGUUACAUUAUUCGCUGAAGACAUCUUUGCAUUUCCUGGAAGACCAACACUUUUUUUUCCUUUUGUACUUUCACUGGAUUAUCAAAUUCUUAUGCAGUGCCGUUUGGUGCUAGAACGGCUCCUGUCUGGCUAACAAUGCCUAAGCACAUGUCCUCCACUUUGACAUACGGCCUGCUAAACCAAAAGACCUAGGUCUUCAAUUUAGGAGACCAAACAAGUGCUUACCACUGACUCUAGAAAGAAGCAUUACUUGCAGCGGACUUGACGAUAGCCCAGAAUCGCCAGUGCUGCAUAUGUCCUUGGCAAUGCAGAGCUUGUGUUGGAGGUUCCAUUUCUCACACUUCAUUUCUCAUCAGUCCUCUCACCAGUUCAUGGACCUCUAUCCUCCCUAUUCUUGCCCAAGUUUCUAACUGGAACCAACUCCAUCAUUCCUGAAUGUGUAUGUCUACCCUUCUGAGUUGUUGUGAUUAGGGGGUUAGACAAAGGUGACGAGGCACCUCCUGCAGACCACUCUUCUACAGAUCUGUAGUCGACUUAACAGAAAAAAACUUUCGUUCUUGGUUUAUGGUAGUCCAUCUCGGUUGAUCAAAGUGAGGUGGCCUACUAAUACAUUGUCUUAGGAUGAGAAACAUGUCUAAUACUGACACCGUUUUGGUGAUUUAGGUUGAUGUUGGCAUCAUUAGAUCAUGAGUUGCCUGUAGUUUCCAGUACAUUUCAUGUAAAAAAAAUUAGAGGGUUUCAUACACUGUGUAGGUGAUAGUCGGUAUUUUAUCGGUAUUCGUCUUUGGUGAAUUUUGUGUGGUGAGAAAUAAUUAAUGAAAGGGUUUUUUUUUAUUAGAAAAAAAUGUGCGUUAAAUGUUAGUAUUUUAAAGCAGUAUUUUGACAAAGAAGCAUUUAUGUUUUGUGUCUGGCUUCCACAGCACAACAGUUUAGUUUUUUUGUUGAGUCAGUGCCCUCUUGUAUUCAUCUGCACAAAUGCAACACUGAGUACAUUUCUCGUUUAACAUUUUACAAAGUUGCAUGAGGUGGAACCUGUUUAGAACUUGGACUGAAAACUACAAAACGAUAAAAAUGUUAGUGGAAGUAUUUGUCUUGAGUAGUCCAUGUUCCGAGCGCUCCAUCCAGGGUGAUAAUUUUUCCACCUUGAUUUCAGCUUGUCACGAAUGUAAGAUUUGUGACGUCUCGCAUCGUUGACUUGUUCAGAUAUCUUUUUAUUGGUAGUGCAGGGUCCAGCACACUGUCCUUAUGCAAUUGCUGGUUUCAUAGCGAUGCAUGCUUCACAAUGAUAAUAUCCAAACAGACAGGCAAAAAGGCAAUAUCAUGAUUUAAUUACAAUAGAACUAUGUACACAUGGAGAUAACAAAUACUGUGAUUUGAAUGUCUUCACAAAUUUGUAUUUGGUAUUGUUAACACACCCUUAGCAUAAAAGUUGAUUUUUUUUUAAGCCUUUAUGAAAGCAAAAAAAGAGUUAAGUUUUCAGCCUUGUUCACAAGUUUAUAUGCCCAUUGUUUCAUGUGAUGUAUUUUUAAUUUUAUUAUUAAUAGUAUUUGCCCUGCUGUUUAUUUCAAAUGAUAAGUGCAUUAUGCCCUUACUGCCUCUGGCCCUGGAGUGGACUUGCUAUUACCAUGAUGAUGCACUAAUGAUUAGUUGGGAGGGUGGGGGGCUAACUGCCAGCAUUUUGCAGUUAAAUUGCUUUACCACAAGAAAUUGCAUGAAUAUCAGCAGAAAUCUUUUGUGUCCAUUGUCAUAAAUGAAAACGAGAUCUUCGCCUUUUCCAAACCGUUCUUUUUUGUUUUCCUUGAACAAGUAGAAAUAAUGAUCUUCAAAGGAAGAGCCUUAAGAAUGUCCAGCUUGACCAUUUAAGGUGGAGUUUUUGUGCACUACUAAACACACUUUCUGGGUGUCUUGCUGCCCUUGACAUUCUGCUUUCCUGCUGAUUUUGAAGCUUCACCAAACAUGUUGACCUGUACAAUUUGGAAGUGGGCCCUAAUUAAAUUAAUGCGAAAAGGGAUGGCUGUAGGCAUGUUUCAGACAUUUGAUUGACAAUCCUUACUGGUUAUGACUGUUUACAUGAACUCUCUAGGCCUGGCCCCACAGUAACUUAUGGUUUAAGCGGGGUUAAAAGUUCUGCGAAUGAUUUUUAUAUCAGCCCUAUUAUUCCACCAGCUAAGAGUGAGAAAUGUUAUGAAACUUUCUGAACAUGCUGACAGAACAAAGACUUUCUACUUUUAUUUUAAUGUAAGUGAUGCUUUUCUAAUAUACUUACGCUUUUCUUUUCUUCAAAAGCAGCUGUUUUUUUUUUUAUGAGCUCUGAUCAAAAUGUGUGUACUCAAACAUGCCAAAUUACAAUUAAAGUAAAUUUCCAUGUACUGCUAAGCAAACAGGGUGCAGGAGAGGCAGGUUUUACAAAGGAGUGGACAGAGACGGAGGCCUGCCAAGGUCAAGUUUGUAGUGUUAAACCUCUUUCUCACUGCUGUGUAGCCUGGAGGAUGAGGUGUGAACCUCUCAUGAGUCAGUCUCCAGGGUCUGCAUGCAUUUGUUAACCUGGGUGGUAUCCCUGGCCCCCACUAUCUCUCUCUUUCCUGCCUGCUGUAGACACAGAAUUACCAGAUUGGUCCAAGAUGCAGGGUAGGCUGUGGGGUGCAAGACGCAAUUCUUACCUAAUUCUUGCAGUAAAAUCGUUCCACCAACGUUCCAAUAACCACAUUCCAUAUGAUGGUUGGUGAUUAGAUGUGUGGUGUGCUACUCUUCUGCUCCCAUUCAUGCUGUCAUCUUAUCAGCUGAAGAAUGUGGUGGAAUGAUUAAGCAAAAAGAAUGAAACUUUAAAAUCCAGAUGCGUGCAGGUAAACUAGAGGCCUUUCAGUCAUGGCAGCUUUUGUUGUAGAUAAUGACCUGCAUGUGCAAUUUUAUUUUGAGAGACCCGGAAUUCUACCCAGAAAUUAGUCUGGCAAAUAUGCAAUCAUUUCUGCUCUUUUACUAUUGGAGCCAUUCUAGUAAUUCUGUUUCUAUCACCUCCUCUGCACAUCUGGAGAUGAUGCAGAAAGGAGAGCUUUGAAUCAGUAGAACUUGAUAUCCACUGUGUUUAUAGAAAUGAGCAGGAGUAUCUGUGUGGUAGUGUCCUCGGUGAUCAUUGAGGGGUUAUGUGGUAGGACCUGUGCAGUUGUAAAAUUUUAGCAAUAACGUGAAACAGCAGGACAGUUUUUUGAUAGAUUUUUAUUGUACAUAUUACACCUGCUCAGUUCCAUAUUUCAUUACUGGAUACACAAACAAUACAUCAACAAUAUUGGCAAAAAAGAAUAAAGAAAAGUAAAGUUA